UUAAAACUUUAAAUGAAUACGAAAUUACGAAUACCUAAAAUUAAAAUGUAGUCAAAAUACUGCGAAUUCAUGAUGAUACUUCACUUUAACCUUUAAGUAUAUUUCCCCGAUAUCUUAUUUCAUUAAAGUCUUUGUGGACAACACAUCGAAAUCUUUCACAGAACAUGUUUAAUUCGUGAGGAGCACAAUAUGAGUCUGUCUCGUGAAGAACUAAAAGCACAAUACAAACAUUUGAUUUUGGAACGGAAUGCCGGCACGGAAAAAGAGCUAUUCAGUACAAGGUGCUCAAAUUUUCUUUCUAAAAACAAAAUAUCAGAUUGUUUUACAUUGCUGCCCAUAACAGCGGCACAGAGGGACUUCCUUGACAAAACAGAAGGAAGGAAAGAUGUGGAGUUUCGACAUCUCGCCAAAGUUUUUGGACUUUUUGAAAAGUAUGCUGUGAAUAUCUUGGAUAAACCUUGGCAUAAGGAAUUGAAAACAAUCAAGGUAUACACAGGAUUUUUCAAAUACAAUUUUGAACAAUGGUUAUCUCUGGAUACCGUCUACAAAAUUUUCAACCUCAUCGGCUACCAGAAAACACCGAACCAUACUUUGACGAUAGGAACAACUGAUGGUGAACGAUUACUAGUGAUUGCGUUCGAACUAUACCUUGCUCAUAAUCAGUUAUGUACUUUCAAGGGUAACGUAGAUCUGUGUUCUAAAUACUCAAUGCAAGAUAUUUUCGAGGGUUGGAGUAACACAACAGGUAAUCUAAAUGACAUACAGGAAUGGCUGAUACGCCAGAUAGCGACGAAAGAUGAGGACCAUUCGUAUAAAACGCUGUACGAACACAUGAGGCCAGUCACUGUUAUUGACGAAACUAUGCGUUUGACGAAAAUGGCCAGGUUAUGGGCGUUCUUAUUAAAUAUCCACCAAACUGUCAAAAAGACGGAGUAG